AUGUCAGAAGGCGAGGCGUUGUCCCAGAAGAAGCAGCAACAACAACAGCCGUUCCAUCAGCAGCAACAGCAGCAGCAGCAGCAGUCGCAGAUCGGAGCGGGUUCAAUGGCGAAUAUGGUAUGGCAGUACCCGCCGAACAACAUGUACAACAUGUUUCCACCGUACCCAGGACAAAUGUAUGGCCCAGGAUAUCAAGGUGUGCCACAUCAAGGACAGAUGUUUAAUUAUUAUCACAUGAUGCCAGGGUAUGGCCAGACUUUUAAUCCUCAACAGAUGCAGCAGCAUCAACAACAACAGCAACAGCAGCAGCAGCCGCAACAGCAGCAGCAACAACAACAGCCACAACAGCAGGGAGGAAACAAUCAGACAAAGCAACAGUUACAUCAACAACCUCCUAUUCCUGGUACUCCGAUGCCUCUAGAUGAUGAAUCUGAUCUUCCACCGUUGCCGCCCGGUCCACCGCCAACAACUCCAUCAACUCAACAACAUAACAAUCACAUGCAACAACAGCAGAUGACUUCUUAUUCAGGAAUGAUGUACAAUUCGUUUCCCUACAAUAACUGGAAUGGAAUGCAUAAUAAUUCUCAGUAUAAUGGUCAGAUCCGUUUCAACUUACCCAACAAGAAAACGGGUCUUGGAUACGUGCCGUCCGGCAAUAGCGGCGCUGCGAAGAGAAAACGUAAGCGGAACAAAAAUUUAGCAGCUCAAUUCAACAAUAGCUUUCAGGGGAAUGCUCCGAUUGGUCCCUUUAUGCCUAACGGACCCAAUGCAAAACCAGCGGAACUACCACCGUUACCUCCCGCGCAAAGCGAAGUGGCAGCCCCUCCACCGCCAAGUGAGGAGCCUCCUAAUUCUGUCGUGCCGGUCACCACGGUUUCCAGCAGCGCGGUCCCCAGUACUGGCACCACUCCCUCCGUCGCUCAAAGUCCGGUCGGGGAUUGGCCUGAUAGUCUGAAGAAUUACGUAAACCGAUGCUAUGAGAAAUGUAAGACGGCAGUCGAUAAGGAUCAGGUCGAAAUCAUACUGAAGGGCAAGAUCACACGCGCCGCGAAUGACGGCUCGCUCUGGGUGAAGGACUGGGAUAAGGAGCCUCUGCCCAGCAUCCACAGCGAACGUAUGACUAUGACGAUUAAACCUUCGAAGCCGGCGUUAAAGCUGGCGAAUCCUCUGGCGAGCCCACUGGUCAAUGCACAGGGAGGCCUGCGCAAGCCUGGCCUUUCCAGCUCACUCGGGGCUCGGCUUGGCGCGCGUCUCUCUGUGACACACAGCAGGCGGUCGAGGUCAAGGUCGAGGUCGAGGUCAAGAUCAAGAUCCAAAUCGAGAUCGCGAUCCCGUUCACGAUCGCGAUCGCGGUCACGUUCGAGAUCGAGAUCAACGUGUUCGCGCACACGUAGCCCGCCAUCGCGCAGGUACAACAGGCGCAGCACGUCCUCGUCGUCGAACAUUAGUGAUCGGGAGCACGAGUACAAGGCCCCUAAAACGAAAAAAUCCGCGCGCAACAAGGCGAAUCACAACAAGAAGUCCAAGAAGACUAAGCAGGCUAAAUCGCAUUUCUAUUCCGAAUUUGGUUUAGCUACAGGCAACACGGACGAGCUGGGAACCAAGGAGAAGCUGCAACAGCGCGCUGCCAGAUUCAACGGCGGUAUUUCCAGGUCGGUUGUUAGCAGUGUCGUUAUUAGAGAUGACUCGAACACGGACUUCGACUUUACCGGACUUCACAUCGUCGGCACGUGCAAGGAUCUAGAAAAGCCCUACUUACGUCUCACAACGGCUCCUGCCCCUUCUGCAGUUCGACCGGUAAGUGUACUUCAAAAUUCUUUGGCCCAUGUUAAGAAACGUUGGCUGGCUGACCAGGACUACAGAUAUGCUUGCGACCAAUUAAAAUCCAUUCGGCAAGAUCUUACCGUGCAAGGUAUCAGGGACGCGUUUACAGUUCAUGUAUAUGAAACCCACGCCCGUGUAGCUUUAGAACGUGGUGAUCACGAGGAAUUUAAUCAGUGUCAAACACAGUUGAAAAUGCUUUAUCAGGAUCUCGGUGGCGAGAAUCGAUGCGAAUUCAUUGCGUAUCGGAUUCUCUAUUAUAUUUUCACAAAAAACACUCAAGACUUAACGACAAUUUUAGCAGCACUUUCGCCAGAGGAUAAAAACGACGAAUGCAUAAAACACGCGUUGAAAAUACGAUCUGCUUGGUGGUUGAGUAACUUCCAUGCUUUUUUCAAACUGUAUAGAACGGCUCCGCGCAUGUCUGCCUUUUUAAUGGAUUGGUUUGUCGCUAGAGAGCGAAAGAAGGCAUUGAAGUUUAUGAUAAAGUCCUACCGGCAAAAUUUGGCGGUUCAUUUCGUCGUAGCAGAAUUGGCCUUUGAUUCUUUGGACAAGUUUUAUGAAUUUGUCAGCGAGUUCGGUUUGGUUUACGCUGAUCUCGCUCGACAGCAAAUCGACUGCAAGGCAAGCAGUGGUAGUCUAGGUGGUUGGUAGAAGGCAACGCCACUCUACUGUCCUACCUUUACCCCUUGUGGCGGAAGAUAAUUUAACACGUGAAAAAGAAGGGCCACAUACACACAUUCAUGCAUACAUACACAUACAUACACACACGCGUACGGUGCAUAAAUCUCACGUGUGUCGUAUUACGUGUAUAUGCAUAUGUUUCCGGCAUAUGUGCGCUUGUGUGACUCAUAUGCAUAUAUACAAAUAUUUAGAUAGAUGUUCCAUUUCGCUGGGGGUACGCAUUGUUUCCGUAAAUUUCCCUCGCUCUCGAAAGCCCCGUGUGUGUGCUGGCUCUAUCUCUCGCAAACGAUCUUCAGAUCAUCGUCCCACGGCGGUGGCGCAAUUUUAUCACCGUCGGAUGCAAUAAUCGAAAGCUUGGGACUUCGACUGUGAAUUUGUACAUACACGCUCCCUCGUUCAGUUCCCCCGCGCGCAAUUGUAUAUAAUCUCAAGAGGACAUAGAUGCGGAUCUCUCACCGGGGGCUCCUGGAAAUUGUACAAAAAUCGGGACGGAUAAUCGUUUCCGUUCACAUUCAGCGCUACCUCACUAAAAAGAUUAGAUGAGAAAAAAGCUCGGUAUAACGUCAAGGAUCAUACUCACAACGCAAACGGUACAAUCUGCGGUCUUCGCAACAAUAAGAAAAAAGCCCAUCUUUCAUUCGUUGUCGACUCGGGACGAUUCGUUAACAAGAUGACUGCUCUCUCCUUUUCAAUCAUUUGUAGCGUGAUGCACACGCACGCUUCACUGCCACGGUGUUUGAUCGAUUUUCCAAAUAUUCUUUUAAGUAUUACUACAUGCAAAACAACUCAACCGAGCCGCAACGCAAGCUAGCUCUCGCUUUGAAGAAGGGUACUUCAAAGAGAACGCGGAUAAGGAUUUUGUUUCAUGAAUUCGGAGACACGAGUCGCGUUUGAGAAGACACUGUAAUGACGUUCAUGCUGUUCGUGCUCGAGAAAUGUUCUUCUCAGAACAGAGCAUUCCUGGUCCGCGAUAAGUGUUAGUUCCCGGACAAGCCCAAGAAAAAUCGGUAGAAAUCAGACAGAGGGAAGAAGGAAGAAGAAAUAGCCGGAUUGUUUCCCGAAAUAUCGAUGGAUGGGACCGUUUGUUGAAGACGUCUGGGUUUGGGGAUGAAGACAGAAGAACGAAGAUGAAGUGGACAUAUCUUGCGCAAUGAGUGGCGUAUCAUCAUCGGUCCUUUUCAUCGCGUGCAGUGAUUUUAUAAUUAAUUUUAACAAGUGUCCAUGCACCGUGUGUGGUGCGACGGUGCUCCUUUCGACGUUAGAGUCACCCUGUUCUCGUUGGAUUCUCUUUAGGUGGUCGAGACUUGUUUUCUUUCGCAUUCGUGCGCGCACGCCCACAUGCUUGCUCGCGCGCGCGCGCAUGGAAUGUGCAUCAGCCGCAUUACACGGAUUCGGAAAGGGAAAAUGACUUCAUUGUAUCAUACUUGAUCCGAAUACGAUGUUGUGCAUAAUAAAUUAUUUAAUUUUCUGACGUUGUACCUCAUUUUUUUGUUUCGCUUGUCGUACUAUAAACCUAGCGCACUUUACAGGAGAUAUAGAUUGCGGCUCGUUUUGCCUCGACGAUGCUUCGCUUAAUAAUAAAUACCACGGUCGACGGGUUUCUCGACGUCCGCAAUUGCAAAUUGCAACUGACAUUUACGUUGUUGCUAAUUAUGUAUAUAUCUAUAUAUGUACCGAUUCGCCAUCGGUAGAUAAAAUAAUUUAAAUGUUAAAUAAUUUAACAAUCCAUGAGACAACAUAGAACAUUUAAAAUAUACAACAGUAAACGAGAAAAUGUCGCUUUUAACGCCGAUCCUCUCGCUGCUAGAUAAUAUUUACGGCUCCUGGCUCGUCACUGUAAUUAUAUCGGAUUACAUCAGACGUGAAAAUUCAUUACAUAUGCUUUACACAAUACUUACAAUAUAUUUGCAAUGAAAGAGUUCCAACUUUUUACAUACCACUACUUUUAUCUGAUAAAAUAGCUUGUGAAAUUUAUUCAAGACUUUGAUUCACAAAAUAAAAGCUGCUAAGUUUUAUCGGAUGUUGCGAGAUUUACAUUUAAAAUUACAAAUGUAUAGACAGAAUUACUUGUCAUGAAUGCAGAAUUCAUAAAAAGAGAUUUGGGCGUGUACUUCAUCAAUUUAUUCUAUCGAAUAAAAGCGGGAGGUAAUACUAUUUUUCACUUCUGAUGUAAUAGAAGCCUUAAAAUGGCUUUCGAAUGAUUUAACGUGGUUCGAUCACGAAUUCGCGCAAUAACAUGAGCUUAAUGAACGUCUGCAUUUUCGAUGUAGACCUCGGGAUGCGAUUAUAAAUCACGUCGGGACACACGUAUUGAUUUCGAUCAAAGAUCUCUAUAAUGCACGCGAGAUGCACGUAACGUGCCAUUAAUCGGAUUAACUCGUUAACGUCUUCAAGCAAGAAGGAAUAUAAUUUUACGAAUUGGAAUCUUUCUAAUUCUCUCUAACUGUGCUAGUAUAUCCGAUAUUAUUUGUGAUUUUUUUUCAGAUUCUUUUGUAAAUUUUGUUUUUUUUCCAAUUAGAUUUUUAGCUUCUCGAAAGAGACAUUAACGGAUUAAUAAUUUCUCGAGAAAUCUCAUACGAAUAGGAACAGAUCGCGCGGAAGAGAUCAACGUCAACAUGAAUUUGCAUGCGCGUCGGCAUCGAGUCGCGAGCUACACAGUGCGUAAAUAGCCUUACGGUAAAUAUAUUAACAGCGUCUCUAACGAUUUCGUUUGUGUUUUUUUGUGUGUAUGGCGUGUACACAUCUGAUUGAUAGCUGACGUAAUACAUUAAUUCACUUACAUAUAAAUAUUAAUCAAAUAAAAAAGAUUUAACUAUGGUACGACGAAAUAACGUAGC